UUAUUUUUAUAUUUAUUUAUUAUCGCAAGUAUUUAUUUCCACUUUUAUUUAUUUAUUCUUGAAUUUAUUCUUACUUUUCUGUGUCUUGUAUGAUAAUUAGAUGGGUUGGUCUUGCCUACUAUUGGUUCAGCGUAGAUUGAAGUGUUUGAUCGAUUACUCUUUUGACUUGUUUUGGACUAACGUCACGUCACUCACUGAUCGUUUGCUUCGUGUAUAAGGUUUAUUUAUUGAUAAUUUUUGCAGGUUUAGUCCUCCAUAUUGGGGAGGGUCGUGAGAUUCAACCAAAUAGCAGUCUCUGAAAGUCCAUCACGACCAUCUUACAGGGAAAAAGAACAUAAACAAGAGUUCAACAGCAAACACUGCAUUUGAUUAAAUAAUCUCAACAUCAUUUUGUUUAUUGGUCUGAAGGUCCAAGUCUGGUCAUUAGAGCUACUCAGAGAUGUGGCAUGUGGCAGAAAACACAUUGUUUACUCUUGGUCCUGCCCAUAACAUUUGUCAGACUCAGGACACGGACUUCUGGCCCAGACAGUACUGAGUCAUCUAUUAAACAUUACUGCUAAAGAUUCAUUCUGAUCUGCUUUUUGGUUCAUUUCUGUUUGGUUCAAAGGAGCAAACAGUUGAUGACAGUAAAUAAAGUGUUUACUUAAUCACAUUCAGUAUGGGUAUUCAUAUAAUAUUCAAAAUAUCAAAAUACCAUGCAAGCUGGAUUCAGUAAGCACUCUGUUUUUUCUAAAACAGUCUGGGAUUCAAGAUGCCAAACUAGGUAUGAUGGUCUCAAAUCCCACUACUAAGGAAUACACACAAAAAUCCUGCUGACACUACUUGGUGCUAUAAACAGCAAGUUGAUAAAAGACCAAAAUCUUAUGAACCAUUAUAAAAACCUUUCGGUACCUUUCAGUCGAAAAAUACAAAAUCUACACUAACAAAUACAAAAACACCCAAUUCACAAGUUUAAUUAGCCUUUAAAGUUAUUGGGUGUGGCCAGAUUCCCCCUACACAGUAUCUCCCAAACGCAACAUCUAAUAUCCACAAACCCUGGCAGUACAUUCUGUAUGAACAGGAUGACAUUCUGAGGACAUGUGGCAAACAUCAUCAUUUAGCAGUAAUAGGGGGCAUAGUAAUAUUAUAUUCACAAGUAAAAGUAAUAUUCACAAAAUUGUAACAAUCAUGACAUGUAGCUACUACCAAGAAAACUGUUUAGAAAUGUGGCUAUUGUGGUUAAUUUGUCAAAAUGAUUACAGAAUCUAUAUUGGAAACAUGACAAGUCAAUGAAUUUAAACACAAAAAGUAUGCCUUCAUCUUCAGACAUUAUUAUGAUAUUUCAUGAAAGUGUAUUCCCUUUAGCAGGGACAUUCUUGCAUAAAGAUGAGUAUGAAUGUAUGAAUAUGGACAGCGUGAACACUGGCUUGUGGCCAGUAUUUUUACACUUGUUUCUUCUACAUUAUGUAUCAAUACUGGUAUCCAAAGAAACUUACAGUGCAUUCGAGCUACAGUAUACCUUUUAUGAAUUCAUGUUUUACAUGGGAUUCAAACCUUUGACCUUGGCAUAUGCAAGCACCCUGCUCUAACAGUUGAGCAAGAAAGCUAAACUGGUUUUUCUAACACAGGCUUUAGCCUAUGUUAACCUACAUGGGAUCAAACAGAUUUAAAGGUUAGGGUGAGAGUCGUGACGCAUGGCUUUGUUUCUGCUGAUGAAUCCUGAGUGACAGCUGCCUCAUUCUGUCACUGCUUUCAACAUUCUCUGCUUGGCCUCAGCCUGAACUAACCUGUGCAACCUCAUGCUGUUGUUCAUUUAUGGCAGUUAGGUUUUUUCAGUUGAAUGCAUGAUAUAGGCUAACUUGGAGUAUAACUUUAAAUUUCAUCUGUGUAUUUACAUACUCAAUAAUGUGUCAUUGAGUUUGCUGCUGCACAGCUGUACAGAGAUCAGUCCUGUGCUCUCAUUGGGUUACUCCUGUGACAGUAAAGUUUGUAAUAGCAGAGUGAUAGGCGUGCCCUGACUCUCAAGAGAAACCCUCACUAGCCUAUUGCCAUACUGCUGUCACACUACACCACCAUACUCAACCACUGUCUGCAUGAACACAGAGAGAGAGCGCAAACCCUAGCAGUGUCUCGUCUGACUGUAUUGCUCUUAUUUGAUGCGGUGAUCAAACAUGCGUCUCAUGUCUAUGGCAUAUCUGGUGCAUUUCAAUUCCGUCUGUAACGUUUAGGAUCAACAGCGCACGUUUCUGUUUAUUCGCAAAACUGCACGAUGGCUGAAGAGGACAGCUGGAUCAGUGGUGUUUCAGACUGUAAGUUUAGCGUGUUAAACUGGGAGCAGGUCCAGCGUCUGGACGUCAUCCUGAACGAGAGCAUCCCGAUCCAUGGCCGCGGAAACUUCCCCACGCUGCAGAUGAAUCCGCGGCAGAUCGUGACAGCGGUGUGUAGUCGCAUGCGGGAUCAGCCCAUCCAUUUCCGGGACGUGCGGCUCAACGGAUCCGCCGCCAGCCACGUACUGUACGAAGACAGCGGGCUCGGUUAUAAAGACCUGGACCUCAUAUUCUGCGCGGACCUGAAGGGAGAGAACGAGUUUCAGAUGGUCAAGAAUAUUGUUCUAGACUGUCUUUUUGCCUUUUUACCCGAGGGGGUCAAUAAGGAGAAAAUUACCCCACUGACUCUGAAGGAAGCAUAUGUACAGAAGAUGGUGAAGGUGUGUAAUGAUUCAGACCGCUGGAGUCUGAUCUCCCUCUCCAACAACAGGGGCAAAAACGUAGAGCUAAAGUUUGUGGAUUCCUUGCGUCGACAGUUCGAGUUCAGCGUUGACUCUUUCCAGAUAAAGCUAGACUCUCUGCUUCUUUUCUACGAGUGCUCAGAGAACCUGAUGGCCAAGACCUUUCAUCCCACCAUAAUUGGUGAGAGCGUGUACGGAGACUUUGCUGCUGCCUUGGACCACCUGCGCAACAAGGUGAUCUGCACGAGAAACCCAGAGGAGAUCCGGGGAGGAGGUCUCCUGAAGUACUGCCACCUUCUGGUAAGAGGUUUCCGAGCCGCUUCGGAGUCAGAGAUGAAGUCUCUCCAGCGCUACAUGUGUUCUCGCUUCUUCAUUGACUUUUCGGACAUCAGUGAGCAGCAGUGGAAACUGGAGUCGUACCUCCAGAACCACUUUGUAGGACUGGAGGACCACAAGUAUGAUUAUCUUAUGACAUUGCAUGGAGUGGUGAAUGAAAGUACAGUGUGUCUGAUGGGACACGAGAGGCGUCAGGCGCUAGGGUUGAUUGCAAUGUUGGCAGUCCGCGUGCUGGCCGAGCAGAACGUCAUACCCAAUGUGGCAAACGUCACCUGCUACUACCAGCCUGCCCCCUAUGUAGCAGACAUUAACUUUAGCAAUUAUUACAUUGCCCAGGUUCAGCCCGUAUUUACCUGCCAUCAGCAAUCCUUCUCUUCGUGGUUACCUUGCAACUGAGCGUGUGGAGGAAGCAAAAGAUAUUGUCUUCUCAUUUUGAGGUGAAUCAUUGCAUUGUCAUAAAUGAUCUGGGGUCAAUGUAAAUCCAACUCUGGCAAGGUUUGUCGAUGAUGGGUCAGCCGUUAACGACAGCCUUUCCAACAGAACUUUCAAAAGGCUGCCUUUGCAUUGCCUUGCCUAUAACGCUUGGCUGAUUGUGUAGCUUUAAACAGUUGUGAAGCAACAGGCCACAUUUCUAAUGGCUGACACUGAUAAUCUUACAUUAAAUCUCUGUGUCAGAUGCAUUAAAGAGGAAGUGUUGGCUUUCUCAUCUCAGUCCGAAUGGUACCAGAUGUGUUGCAAAUUACAAAGUGUCUAGAUCCUUUCAGUAUAAAUGAGGGGAAAAGUCAGAAAACACAACAGAUACAGUUUUUUACAAACCAAAGAUUUAGAGAUUGUAUUUUUAUAUGCAGAUUUAUUUGUACAUGUGAAUGCAUUCUAAGUGCCUGAUGUUUGAUGCAGUACAGUGAGUUAAUAAAAAACAAUUGUGAUAC